AUGGCCACUAUGGCUGGAAAAAUGGACGAUUUAGUCAAAGAAUACCUCGUUUUUCGUGGUCUAAGUACCACGAUGAAGAGUUUUGAUACGGAAUUGAAAUUGGAAAAGGAUAAAGAGUUCAGAGCAGAUAAGAUCAUUGAUCAGUUGCAUUCAUACGUAAACUCGUAUGACCUAAUAUCACUGAGAGAUUAUUGGAACUACCUGGAUUCCCACAUAUUUUCAAGAUUGGAGCAGACAUAUACCAGUAGCAUCAGGAAAUUGGAAGUUAGUUUAUAUCGAUGGUAUCUAGUGAAUGACGUUUUAACAAACCGACCUGACAAAGUGACCGAAUUCUUUGAGAAGAUGGCACCAGAGAUUCAGAGCCAGAGUGAAUGGAAAGAAUGGUUUGCGCUACCCUUCGUUAAGAACCCAGAGGAAAACAGUACAUUCUCAACAUACUUCAGGAAGCAGUGGCAGGACACAUUUUUCUUGUCAUUACAUAAUUUCCUGAGCGUCAUCUUUCAAAGCAUGCCCCUGCCCGGUCUCCUAAUGUUCGAUGAGGAAAAGCUCAAGUUAAGAAGAUUACAGGAUGAGAUCGAGUACCUGAGGCGUCAAAUUACCAACCCCGAUCAACGCCUGAGAGAUUUCCGUGGUCUACAUGAGAAGAAGAAUGUCUUGCCGAUUACCGACCAUGCGUUUGAACUCAUGGAUGAUUUCUUUGACAUAUCUCAGGAACCACCUCUUGAAGAUUGUGAAUCACAAGGAGUCCUCAAGUCCAUUGUAAAGAAGAUAACAACAACAGCGAAACCAUCGCCUACCAUCCUGCGCAAGACGUCACCUGGUAGUUCAUCAAAGCCAGGCCCAGGGGGCACCACAGGUCAAGUAAAAGAAAAUCAAAAGUCGUCACCAAAGGAUGUAAAUGACUACAAAAUAAAGGGAUCACAUGUGGCAGCUUCUGUACUGGUUCGGGGGAAGGUGUCUAGUACGGCAGCCCCGCAUACCUUUCAUAAGAAACAGCCCCGGCAGCCAGAGGAUCAUGAUAAGCAACGCCGCGAGCUCCUUGGUCUCAUGGAAUCAAAGACAACUAAGCCUGAGGGCUCUGACACGUCUAAGCGGCGGAGUGAAUUGAUCAGGAAAGAAGCCACCCCAGUCUCCAGGCAGAUGAGUGAGCCAGUGGGCAUGUCACAAGUCCCUACUUCAUUUGAAUCAAGAAAAGUUAAACUACCUACUGAAGACUUGCCUGAAUCAGCAGAGACGGAGCUGCCCUUUCUGCUUCUCAGUCAGGAAGAAUACAAUGAACAUCAUUCCUCCAUACUGCAUUGCCGAUUCAGUGAAUCGGGAAAAGUCAUUGCCAGUUUGGAUGUAGAUGGCAUAGUCAAAAUUUGGUCUCUUGAUCCUUCCCCUGCUACCAUGGCAACUAUAAUGUCAAAGUCGCCCUUGAUGUGCUUUGAAUGGGCUAGCAAAAUGGAUCGCUUUUUAUUACUUGGAAACAAGACCAGUAAACUCAGGCUAUUCGACAUCAAAGAGAAGAAAAAUCUCAUUGAAGUUACAGCGGAUUCCGCCUACCCAAGGAUAUCAGCCCUAGCCUACAGUCCUUCAGGCACACAGUUUGCUUGUGCAGCAUCUGGGCGGGGUCGAGGAGGAAACAAUGGUGUGGAGACUGGACCAAGACUUGGCAGGAUGUCGCUGUGGGACCUGAAAACGAUGAAAAUGGAUCGUGAAAUUCCGAUGUCGCCAAAUCCUGUGGCUAUAAACUGUAUGGCGUUCAAUCAUAAUGGACAUCUUUUGAUUGCCGGUGGAGUGGAUGGCAUGAUAGGAUUAUUUGACGUGCAGAAGUCUGAGUGUAUAUCAACGUGGGGGGCUCAUAUUGGAGAAGUCUACUCUGUCCAGUUCAGCCCUGACGAGAUGAGCUGUUACAGUAUGGGAGGAGAUGGAAAGUUAAUCGAAUGGAGCAUCCAUAAGACAGGGAUCAAGAUAGCCGACUGGGCCGUUCACAGCGGGGCAGCCGGACCAUUCGUCAUGCAGAAACCAGAAGGUUAUAAACAAAUGCAGACGCCGAGAGGAAAGUUGUUUGCAUUUGAUGCAGAAGGACAACAUAUUUUAACUUGUGCUCAAACUGGUGGACAAAUGUAUGCGCUGGACAGAAAGCUUGGUGCUCAGAAGAUGAUGCUGCUCAGAGGUCACAAGGCUCCGGUCGUGACUUGUGAUUGGUCGACAGCUAUCGAUUGCCGCACGUGUUUGACGGGUGCAAUGGAUGGAAAUGUUGUCGUCUCAACGUUGUUGAGACAUUGAUAUGACAACUUUCAACUCAAAUCUGCCGAGUACUAAGUUUGCUAUAGCGAACGAAUAGCAAUAACAUAUGAUCAAAACCACCUAAGCACUGACUUAGUAUCAAUCAGGACAUGUACAUUUACUUUAAAUAUCCUCCUCUACUGUACAAUAUCUUGCUCUAUUUUCUAUCUGGAGGCAAUAAUGAAUGAUCCAAACAACUUAUGCCCUGACCAAGUGUUGAUCAGAGCAUGUUGGAUGUCCUGCUCUAUUUUCUAUUGGCACUUGCAGGCAGAAAGAAAUGAUUUUCAAUCUAAUAUCACCAUUGUAUUCAGAAAAAGAUGUUGCCUUUCAUUGUCAUUUUACAUGAUCAAGAGUGUCGGUGUGUGCAAAUUAUUUAGAUCUUUAGGUCAAACUGGGCAUUUCUAUCGCAAAGAAAUGGUAUCUACAUGUAUAUUCAAAAGUAGCAUCAAAUGGAAAAAGUAGCAAGUCAUAUGUAAGACAUUGAGAAAAUGGUGAAAAGCAUGUCUGACAUUAUAGUAAAGGAAUGAACUUGCGAACUUUCGUCAUGACAUUUUUAAGGGAUUGUGGUGCCCAGUGCAUUUAUUUCUAUAUAAUGCCAACGGAGAGGAGAGAAGUCCAAAAACACCCAACUCAUUUUGUUCAAAUAUGACUUGCUAGCUUUUUCUCUGUGACUUUUGGGAAGAAAAUCAGUGCAAUGAACAAAGUCAGAUUUUUCAAAUAGUUGUAUAAAUGUACUAAGUACAGUUUAUGUACAUGUGUAUGUGGUGCAAUUGUGUUUACUGGUUAUGUACUGGUACUUGUAUUAGACUGUGUUUACUGUAUGUCGAGACUGUUUCCCUGUCCUACUACAAACUUGUCUCCAUCCUUCCGGUUAUCUGAAAUGAGGGUUACAUGGUCACAGUUCACGGGCCACGAAUAUGUUUGCUAACAGACUUGGGCGUGAAAAGAUGACAUGACGCGAACCGUGGGUGAAAAGUGAUAUCGUGAAUCGUAUGAAGCCCGGUCUUUGGAAAUGACAUGUCGUUCUGAAUGGCGUGUGAAAAGUGACAGGGUUACAUGUCAAACGUUAAUUAUGUACCAACCAAGCCGAACAUAUUUCAUUGGUAUUUAUCAGGGCCUUGAAAAAAUGUAUGGGAGAGAGACAAGAUUGCAGUAUAGUGCUUUACUUUACAAUCUAAUAAAUUCCAAGACGAUAUUAUUCAGAGCGGUCUGAUGUUAUAGGGAAUAGUCCAUGUAAUGUUUGUAUGUAUUUAUGGUGCUUAUAUUCUAGUCAAACUAGGUACAAAAGAGAUCCGGUAUUAUUUUGUUUAAGAGCUAUUCUAAACAGAUACACAAGAAUUGAUGGUGUUUUUACGCAGAGAUGAUGUGGAUCUUCUGGUGAGCACAGGAGUAUGCCUGGCCAAAUAGAUGGAUGUCUUCGUUUAGAAAAUAAUGUCAUACAGUUGGCUGCGCGCGCAUACUUGUAUCUCAACAGAGGAUUUCACUUGAAUACGAGGUGUUUUUCUCGCUUAUCUUCUGACUUGCAGGAUAUUUUAGAAUAAAACGAAUUUGUCACAAAAGCAGCUGCACAUCAUAAGAUAAGCAUCAUUAUGUUAUCAAGAGAAAUGUCCACUGGAAGACGGUUCUUCACAACUUUUUUAAUGAAAAUCACAUUCAAGAGACACGAGAGUGCGUGCGCAUAAUGUUUACAAAUUCGCCAGACAUCACCAGAUAUCCAUCUAUAGACAUAAAAUUUAAACCUUAUUUGCAGGCCUCCAAUGUGGAUGGCUCCUAAAUUGAUGGUAAAUUAAACUUUGUGUACUUGUGCUAUAGACAUCAGCGAGCUGUCUGUCCAAGAACUGAUCAAAUCAUAUCAGGUCAUCUCUGUGGUGCAGUUCUCCGAUUUAAGAGAAAUCCUUUACAGGAAUGUACAUAAUACUCACAACUCUGGGAUGGACACUGUACGCUUAAAUGUGUGUUUUAACAGAAUACUAAGAUAUGUGUAGAUAUUUUGAUAACAAAGAAAUCAAUUAAUAUAA